ACAUCAGAACGAGUCUGAUUUGAUUUUAGGACGAGCUAUCACGGGACGAGGUCAAGGCAAAUAUCRCAACGCUUUACAGGUUUAAACUCGUUAAAAAUGGAUUCUUUAAACCCCGCCGACCUACAUACGGUAAUAUCGAAGACUUAUCAAAAUAUUUUUGACAUAGCUCCCGUCCUCAAGGAACUUUCUGCUGCUGCGAGAACUUAUCACAAAGCUYUGCAAAAUGUCUCUAGCGCUGCCAUGGCAUUUCACACCGCGCUGUCAAAGAUUUCUCGUAUGGCUAUGACUUCAAAAGGACCUGCUCAUCUUCUAGGGGGUACUCUCCAAGAUAUAAUGGACACUCAUAAAGAUAUAGAGAACCGAAGGCAAGAAAUCUCUAAACUGAUGAUGAAUGACCUGAUAGUUCCAGUUGAAUCCCUGGUAGAGUCUGAUAAUGUUUAUGUGAAGGUAUGUACACGUAGCUAGAGCAUGACAAUGGUAUUUCAAGAUCAUGAUGAAUAGUAAUCAGCCAACACUUAUAACAGUAAUAUGAUUGGGAAUGAGUGUAUUAUGAAUACAGUAAUCAUUUCAUGUGAUAAUGGUUAAUAGUGUUGAUUGUAAGUAU